AUGAGUGACAAGGAACGGAACGAACCCCAGGAACCUGAGGACACGCAAUCGCACGAUUCGCAGGAGUCGGCCGGUCAGGAGCAAUCCCGCGAGCGGUUCUGGCAGGGUGUGAGCGUCCCGGAUCUGGUCAAGCAGCGUAUCGAUGUCAUCAAGGCGCAGCAGAGCCCCGGCCGCAAGCUGCUCAUGACGAUGCGCAAGUUCUACGCGAUCGUGCCCAUCGCGGCAUUCAUCUUUUUCUUCCUUACCAAUCCCACGUUUCAGAACGCGGUGCUGGCCGUCAUGCAGGUUCUGUUGCAGCUCCUGUUUGCGAUCUUCUACGCGAUCAUCCAGUUCGUCGCCAUCUUCUGGUUCAUGGCCCGAUCGAAAGUGGAGAAGGUGCGGCCGACGGAUCCCAAGUCGAUCACCUUCGACGACUAUUGGGGGCAGCCCAACCUGAAGGCGCUGGUGCGACAGUGGCUGGGCCUGCUGGCCGACCGCAAGGAGUUCGUGCAAAUGGGCGGCCGCUACAUCAACGGCCUGCUGCUCUACGGUCCGCCGGGCACCGGCAAGACCAUGCUCGCCAAGGCGAUGGCCGGAGAGGCCGGGGUCGCGUUCAUCUCCAUAGAAGGCUCCGGAUUCCGGGCGAUGUUCGUGGGUGUGGACGUUCUGAAGAUGAUCUGGUUCAUACGCAAGGCGCGCAAGUACGCGCGUCGCUACGGUGCCUGCAUCGCCUAUAUCGAUGAGAUCGACGCGGUCGGUCAGUCUCGCGGUAACGUCCAGGGCUCCAACGGCGCCAUGGGUGGGAUGGGCGGCAUGAUGGGUGGCGGCACCGGCGCCCUGACCCGGCUGCUGUAUGAGAUGGACGGCGUCGAUCAGCGCUCCCUCAUGGAGCGAAUGGUCGCCAAGCUCUAUCAGCUUCGCGGCAAGAAGCCGCCUGGCCGCAACUGGCACGUGCUGUUCAUGGGUUCCACCAACCGCCCCGACGUCCUGGAUCCGGCGCUGACCGCCCGGGGCGCUUCGAUCAGAUGA